AAAAAAAAAAAAAAAAAAUAGGAGAUACAGAGAUAUAAAAGAACUACAGCUGUAAAACCAAACUUGUAUAUUUGGUCUUACUGCAUGUUUCCACAGUGUUUCCAAUAAUUUUGGAACAAAGAGCAAAACUGAUAUCGAUCUCUCACUCUAAUGGCCGAGUUGCUAGACCUGCCAGAAGUCCUGAUUAUCCAACCACCACCGCCCUUCACAUCUUUCGAAUCCGACUUCACCCAAAAGUUCAACAUACUGCGAGCAUGGGAAUCAUCUCUCCCUCUGGACCAGUUCCUCACCACCCACGCCCAAUCAGUCCAGGCCCUCCUUUGCCACGUUUUCACUCCCGUCAACGGCGACCUCCUCCGGCUGCUACCGGCGCUGAAGCUCGUGGUGUCUGUCAGCACCGGCGCCAACCACGUGGACAAAGCUGAGUGCCGGAGGCGUGGGAUUGCGGUGACCAAUGCCGGAAAUGCGUACUCGGAAGAUGUUGCUGAUAUGGCUGUUGGGUUGUUCAUCGAUGUGAAUCGGAUAAUUUCAGCAGCUGAUUGGUACGUUAGACGUGGGCUUUGGUCUAGCAAGGGAGACUAUCCUCUUGGUUCCAAGAUAAGUGGAAAGCGAGUAGGUAUUGUUGGAUUGGGAAACAUUGGCUAUGAAGUUGCCAAAAGACUUGAGGGCUUUGGCUGCAAGAUCUCAUACAACUCAAGGAGCGAAAGGCCGUCUUUGUCAUACCCCUUCUAUUCCAAUGUCUGUGAGCUCGCAGCUAAUAGUGAUGCCCUCAUCAUCUGUUGUGCAUUGACAGACCAAACCCGCCACAUGAUCAACAAGGAAGUCUUAUCUGCGUUGGGCAAAGAUGGGGUGGUAGUUAAUAUAGGGCGUGGGGCAAUUAUUGAUGAGAAAGAAUUGGUCAAGUGUUUGGUGAAUGGAGAGAUCAGAGGUGCUGGUUUGGAUGUGUUUGAGAAUGAGCCUCAUAUACCGAAAGAGCUUGUGGCAAUGGACAAUGUUGUUCUGUCUCCACAUAAGGCUGUUCUUACCCUAGAGUCUUUCAAGAGAGGAAGUGAAGUAAUGAUCGCCAAUUUGGAAGCUUUCUUCUCCAACAAACCUUUGGUUACUCCAGUCAUGGAUUAAUAGAUAUGAUUCUAUUUGAGGGUUUACUUUGCCUGUAUUAUUGUGGCCUUGUGGGUAUUCGCAUGGAUACCACUUAAUGUGUAUGGGCUCGACCCACUUAUAUUCCUUGUCUAAGUUGUCUUUCAAGUUUUUGUCAUCGAAGCAAAUGAAGUGAUGAUGAUGCUGAUACU